UUCAGGGUAGUCAUGUGGACUGCGAGAAUACUGUAAAGCUGUAUUCAAACUGGAUGGGCUUAUUCCCUUCAAGUCUGCCUGCCUUGUAGUUGCAUCCAUAUACAAGUCUGUUUAUUUUCAACGCGACGCGUAAAAACACCAUGUUCGGGUCCUAAACGUACUUCCUUUGUAGAGUUGUCUAAUUUAGUUUCACCAUCACUGCACUGGCGUGGUGAAUGGGUGGUCCAGAAUCCAACUAGCUUAAGACGCGGAGAGGAGGCCCACAUCUAGCUGAGGCCAUGGCAGAUUUUUCGCUAGCUGAUGCCAUUGCGGAUGACCUCCCGGGGGAAGCCUCCAGACACGGCAACACUAAUCCCUCUGCUCCCGGCGCCAACGCUCCACCACCCACUAACCCUGGAUGGCCUGGGUCCGCUCCUGGUGGUCCAAACUACCCUUCUGCAGGAGGCCCAACUCAACCAUCUGCCCCAGGGGGCUUCCCUGGUGGGCCUUCAGGUCCUGGUGCUCCUAACCAGUUUCCAGGACAGUACCCAUCAGGUCCUGGGGCCCCCACUGCUCCAGGGGGGUACCCGCCAGGUCCGGGGGUACCAGGACAGUUCCCUUCCAGCCCUGGGGUACCAGGACAGUUCCCUUCCGGUCCUGGGGCUCCAGGACAGUUCCCCUCCAUGCCAGGUGGGGCCCCGCCAGGACAGUUCCCUGGAGGGGCUCCGUCACCCUACAACUCUGGACCCUUCCCCUCCACACCAGGUGGACCACCUGGACCGUACCCUAACAUGCCUUAUCCGUCACCCCCAGGCGGGAUGUAUGGGCCUGGAGGGCCCGGAGCAUUCCCACCCGGCCCAGCACCAGGUUUCCCAGUCGGAGGCUUCCCCCCUUUGCCUCCAGGGUCGUGGGGAGCUCCUGGUGGUGGAUUCCCCGCUCAGCCAGGUGGUCCUGGAUUCCCCGCUCAGCCAGGUGGUCCUGGAUCUUACGGACCGGGGCCCAUGGGUCCGUAUGGGGGACCUGGUGCUCCAGGAGGCAUGCUUCCCGCAUAUAGGCCGCCAUAUUUUUGAGUGCAGGCAUCAGAAAGUCUUCUGCAGCUGCAGAAGGAGGAUGAGAUGGAGGAUGUGGACAGCUCUUCACAGGCCUUUCUAACGGGUCCUUUACGUUACAGCUUCAGCGUCGCAGAGCCCUGCUGUCAGAAGCACUGCACCACUUAUUUGAUUACUUUCACAGUGCCUUAAAUCACCCCAGUUUGGGACCAGAUUGGGUCUUUUUUUUUCUUCUUUUUUUUUUUACAAAUGAUGCACUUUAUUAUUAGCUUUGUUAUUGUGACCGCAUGCUUUCUUUUACACACCAUUUUAUUCCAAUAAUGCCUAAUCACUGAAAAAGUUACUGACUUAAGAAACAUUUCUGUUGAUUGACUUUGUGAAUGUGUGACUGACUUUGUGCCAGGUCAGUCUUAAGGUGUUACCAUGGCUCGGUAGCUCUCUGUAGAGGUUCUGAGGGAAACAAGGCAUACAAAUCAUCAUGGCGAAGACCAUUAGAACUACACUAGAACUCACUAGAACUACAGUAGAAAAACAUCCACACCAAUACACACCUUAGCCAUCAGUGGGUAGAAUCCCUGUCUAAUUUUGCCAAAUGAGCUUAAAUAGCUAAUCAGGACAUCGCCUCGACUCGAUGGGGGAAGAGCGCAUGUUUCAUGUUUGUUUUCUUUUUUCAUUUGAUUAAAUUUGGCAUGGGAAUGUGUCCUGCAUGAAUGAAUGUACAUGCUAACUUUUCUCCUCUGGCUGAAUAAAGACCAAGUUAAUCUUU